AUGCUUUCUGAUCGUUAUGGAAGAAAAUGGCCGCUCGUAUUCAACCUUAUACUUGUUUCCGUACUGGAACUAGGCGCAGGAUUCACACAAACAUUCCAUCAGUUCCUGGCAGUUCGCUCUCUGUUUGGAAUUGGAAUGGGUGGUGUGUGGGGACUUGCAACAGCCACUGCCUUGGAGAAUCUUCCCGUUGAAGCUCGUGGAAUUGCAAGCGGAAUUUUGCAAGAAGGAUAUGCCAUUGGGUAUCUCAUUGCGGCUGUAAUAAAUUUGUGGCUGGUCCCAGAGGUCAGCGCUGGAUGGCGCAGCCUUUUCUGGACCGCGUCCGGGAUUUCUCUGUUUGCUGCCUUCGUUCGAGUACUUCUUCCCGAAAGCGAGGUUUUCUUACGAGCCAAGAACUCUGAUGGAAAUAAGGAGAAGACAGCUGCAGCAAAGACAAAGAUCUUUAUCCGAGAGACAAACACGAUGCUAAAGAAACAUUGGAUGCUUUGCAUAUACGCUGUGGUGCUCAUGACUGGAUUCAAUUUUCUGUCUCACGGAACGCAGGACCUUUACCCGACUUAUCUAACCGCUACAAAAGGCUUUUCCUCUCAUAGCGCUACAGUUGCGACCAUCAUCGGAAACUGUGGUGCAAUUGCCGGGGGAGUAUUUGGAGGGUGGCUGAGUCAACACAUAGGCAGGAGAUUGACUAUGAUUAUACAUGUCUUUGUGAUUGCAGCAUUUAUUCCCCUGUGGAUUCUUCCGUCCACUUUUGGACCUUUGUCCGCGGGGGCAUUCUUCCUUCAGUUUGGAGUUCAAGGAGCCUGGGGUGUGAUUCCUAUCCAUUUGGCAGAGAUGUCUCCACCUGCGUUCCGUGCAACUUUUCCAGGGCUUGCUUACCAGCUUGGAAACAUGGCCUCGUCGGCUUCUGCCCAGAUUGAAGCUACCGGCGGCGAACAUCUUCGAACAACAAUUGUACAGAAAGGAAAAUCUGUCAAUGUUCCAGAUUAUGCAUCUGUUCAGGGAAUUUUUAUAGGAGCCGUGGCUGCAUUUGUCAUUCUUAUGAUUUUAAUAGGGCCGGAACAUCUUGGCUCUCAUUUCGAGAAACACAAAACGGCUUUCGAGGAAGGACAAGAGUCGGAGAUCAAUGACAACGAUCCCCAUGUUGCUACACUGAAGAGGGACAACAGUCAAAGAAGCUCAGAGGUCGAUGAGAAAAAAAGUGAAGAGCAGGUUUAA